AAACCACAGGUUUUACAGAAACUACCUCUUCUGCCUCAUACAACCGCAUACAGUGGAAAUACUGAAAUUCUAAUGUAUAACCCUGCAGGAUUACCAUAAUGGAAUCAAAUAAUCGAGGAGAAGGGAAACGUCUUCCACGACUGGCCGCUUCUCUUACGAUCCGCUUUGCUCCAGAACGAGAUCCUUCCUUUGCUGUUAACAGGGCAGGCCUGGGGGUUCCUCUUGCUGGAUAUGAUGGGCAGUCUUCCUACUUGGCUGAAGACUUUAGAUCCAAAACCCCUGACCACCUGGUUCCAGGUGCUUCAGAGGAGCCCAGCCCACCUGGGUUGCAGACUCCAAAAAGCCUUAUGCUGGAGCCUUCACCUUCAGUAGAGGAGGAUAGUGAUGGCACAGAAGAAUGUCUUUCGCUCAAGAGCCUGGGCAGCAUUUCUGAAGGGGAAGGCACUCUACUGGGGCAAAGUUGCACAACUGAGGGCUCUCCGAAGAGAGGAAAGAGGACUGGAGUGAGUUUUACAGAUUGGCACAAGAAUCGUGUGGCGGCCCUGUGUAGCGAACGUUUCAACAAACUGCUGAAAGAAUGCCCAGAGUACUACAGUACUAAAAGCUGCCUUGCUGCGUUCAUACUGGAAAGAGAGGUGAUUGACACUGGAGGGCAGUGCUGUGAGCAGUAUGAAGUGGUGGCGCUGGGCACAGGGCAGAGUUGCUACAGCGGUUGGCACUGUUUUACAGGCUCACUUGUUCAUGACUGCCAUGGCAUCGUGAUUGCACGCAGAGCUCUUAAAAGGUACCUGUAUAAGCAGCUAAUGCUGUUUUACAGUUCCCAGCCAGAGCUUAGAGAACGCUCAAUAUUUCAAAGCUGUCCCACAGAGCAGCUGCUUCAGAUUAAACCAAAGAUCUACCUGCACCUGUACACCAAUCAGACCCCCAAAGGAGCAGCACAGUUUAUACUAAUGAAGUCUCAGAGCAGUGGCUACCCAUCGCUAAAGCUGCAGUGCCAUUCUAAAGGCUCUCUGAUCCCAGCUGCCUUCCUGCCUCCUAGUGUCUGGGGCGCCCGUGUCUGCUGCAUGUCCGACAGUGCAAAACUCUCCCGCUGGACUGUCACUGGAGUACAGGGGGCACUGCUAAGUCACUUCAUCAAGCCAUUGUACAUCACUAGUACCAUACUUGUUUUCUUUUCAUGUCUAGGUGACUCAAGCCACUAUGCAGAAAUAGUCUCAGAUACCAUCAAUAAGCGCCUGGGGACUGAUUUAAAAGACAUCCUGAUUCCUCCAUACCAACAAACAAACAUCUUCUUCCAGAAUGGAGGGAAUGUGGGACCAGCUAUGAUCUCAGAGCACUGCAAAGACCUUAGUGUAAACUGGUCUCUGGGAGACUCCAGCAUUGAAGUUCUGGAUAGCACAACUGGCCAUGCCAUCAGUGGGUCUCCUUUUGUAAGCGGGCCUGGGUUUUCCAGUAGACUGUGUAAAAGAUCUCUGUACUUCAGUUUCAGAACAGUGGCCAUGCUUUUUGGUCAACAAGAGCUUUUGUCUUUUACAACCUACCGCAAAGCUAAGAUGGCUGCCCACCUGUAUCAAAAGGCCAAGACUAUGGUGAACCAACAGUUUUUGGCCAACCACGCUGGACCAUGGAAUUCAAAACAUCUGGUGGACAAUUUCAGUUUCUGAAUACAUGCCAUAGUUCUGGUUCUAAUUGUUAUCACUGUUUGUUGUUAAAAGAGUUAAUUUAAUGAAACCAUAAUAUGUUCAGUUAGAGAGUACAUUUGUUAGGAAGGAUAUAUUUACAUUUUACAAUGUAAAGUUCUAAAAUUGUUUUUGUUUUUCUUUUUUGACUUCAUUAUUUGGCUUAGUGUUGCUCCUUCAGGAAAAUGGUUUAAUAAAGCUAUUCUGUUAAUGUUA